AGCGAACGCGGCGGAGGGAGGGAGCGCGGCGGCGGCGGCCCCUCCCCUCCUCCUCCCGCCGCCGCGGGGAGCGCAGGGAGCAGCCGGGGGCUCGGCGGCGGCGGCGUCUGGCCCCAGCUCCUCCUCCUGCUUUUCCUCCUCCUCCAUCUCCUCGCUCCCUCCAUCUGCCGUGGUUAUGGCCCGUCGCUGGAGCACAAAAGAGUCUCCGCGGGGGAGGUCUGCGUGGGUCUUGCUCUUCCUCGCCGGGGUGUACGCUUGUGGAGAAACUCCCGAACAGAUUCGAGCCCCGAGCGGUAUAAUCACCAGUCCAGGCUGGCCUUCCGAGUAUCCCGCCAAGAUCAACUGCAGCUGGCUCAUCAGGGCAAACCCAGGGGAAAUUAUUACGAUAAGUUUCCAGGAUUUUGACAUUCAGGGGUCCAGAAGAUGCAGUUUGGACUGGUUGACAAUAGAAACAUAUAAGAAUAUUGAGAGCUACCGAGCCUGUGGCUCCACAAUCCCACCUCCCUACAUUUCUUCUCAAGACCACGUCUGGAUCCGGUUCCACUCCGAUGACAGUGUCUCUCGGAAGGGUUUCAGACUGGCGUACUUUUCAGGGAAAUCUGAGGAACCAAACUGCGCUUGUGAUCAGUUCCGCUGCGGAAGUGGGAAGUGUAUUCCAGAAGCCUGGAAAUGCAACAGCAUGGAUGAAUGUGGAGAUGGCUCCGAUGAGGAGAUCUGCGCUAAGGAAGCUAAUGCUCCCACGCCCGCUGCUUUUCAGCCCUGUGCUUACAACCAGUUCCAGUGUCUGUCUCGGUUCACCAAAGUUUACACCUGCCUCCCCGAGUCUUUAAAAUGCGACGGCAACAUUGACUGCCUCGACCUCGGAGAUGAGAUAGACUGUGACGUGCCCACUUGUGGGCAGUGGCUAAAAUACUUUUAUGGUACUUUCAAUUCUCCCAAUUACCCAGACUUUUAUCCUCCGGGCAGCAAUUGCACCUGGUUAAUAGACACGGGUGAUCAUCGCAAAGUCAUUUUACGCUUCACAGACUUCAAACUCGACGGUACCGGCUAUGGUGAUUACGUCAAAAUAUACGACGGGCUGGAGGAGAACCCACACAAGCUCUUGCGGGUGCUGACUGCCUUUGAUUCUCACGCGCCCCUGACAGUGGUUUCUUCCUCUGGGCAGAUACGGGUCCAUUUCUGUGCGGAUAAAGUGAACGCUGCCAGGGGAUUUAAUGCCACUUACCAGGUAGACGGCUUCUGUUUGCCCUGGGAGAUCCCCUGCGGGGGUAACUGGGGGUGCUACACUGAGCAGCAGCGCUGUGACGGGUAUUGGCAUUGCCCAAACGGGAGGGAUGAGGUCAACUGUACCGUGUGCCAGAAGGAGGAGUUCCCGUGCUCCCGGAACGGCGUCUGUUACCCGCGUUCGGACCGCUGCAACUACCAGAAUCAUUGCCCCAAUGGCUCGGACGAGAAGAACUGCUUUUUCUGCCAGCCUGGGAAUUUUCAUUGUAAAAACAACCGUUGUGUGUUUGAAAGCUGGGUGUGUGAUUCUCAGGACGACUGCGGCGACGGCAGCGAUGAGGAGAACUGCCCGGUGAUUGUGCCCACCAGAGUCAUAACCGCGGCCGUCAUCGGGAGCCUCAUCUGUGGCCUGCUGCUCGUCAUUGCGUUGGGAUGCACCUGUAAGCUCUAUUCUCUGAGGAUGUUUGAGCGGAGAUCAUUUGAAACACAGCUGUCAAGAGUGGAAGCGGAAUUGCUAAGAAGAGAAGCUCCUCCCUCAUAUGGGCAGUUGAUUGCUCAGGGCUUAAUCCCACCGGUCGAAGAUUUUCCUGUGUGUUCACCUAACCAGGCUUCUGUUCUGGAAAACCUGAGGCUCGCCGUCCGAUCCCAGCUUGGAUUUACUUCCAUCAGGCUUCCUAUGGCAGGCAGAUCCAGCAACAUCUGGAACCGCAUCUUCAAUUUUGCAAGAUCGCGUCAUUCAGGGUCAUUGGCUUUGGUCUCAGCAGAUGGUGACGAGGUGGUCCCUAGUCAGGGUACCAGCAGAGAACCUGAAAGGAAUCAUACUCACAGAAGUUUGUUUUCCGUGGAGUCAGACGACACAGACACAGAAAGUGAGAGGAGAGAGACAGCUGGAGCGUCUGGUGGGGUUGCAGCUCCUUUGCCCCAGAAAGUCCCUCCCACCACAGCAGUAGAGGCCACCGUGGGAGCAGGUGGAAGUUCCUCCGCUCAGAGUACCCGAGGUGGGCACUCGGAUAACGGAAGGGAUGUGACCAGUGUGGAACCCCCAAGUGUGAGUCCAGCUCGUCAGCAGCUCACAAGCGCACUAAGUCGGAUGACUCAGGGGCUACGUUGGGUACGGUUUACAUUAGGUCGAUCCAGCCCCGUAAAUCAGAACCAGAGUCCUUUAAGACAACUUGACAACGGGGUCAGUGGGAGAGAAGAAGAUGAUGAUGUUGAAAUGCUAAUUCCCGUUUCUGAUGGAGCUUCAGACUUGGAUGUGAACGACUGCUCUAGGCCUCUUCUUGAUCUUGCCUCAGAUCAAGGCCCAGGCUUCAGGCAACCAUAUACUGCACCAAACCCUGGCGUGAGGCCAGGCAGCCGAGACGGCCCCUGUGAGCGCUGUGGAAUUGUGCACACGGCCCAGAUACCGGACACGUGCUUAGAAGCAACACUGAAAGGCGAAACGAGUGAUGAUGAGGCUUUGUUACUUUGUUAGGUACGAAUCGCGUAAAGGAAAUUACGUACAAGUUGGAGCAAUAUCCAGUCAUUGUUUUGUAACUUUACAAUUAAACUAGUAUUAAUUUAAAAAGAAAAAAAGAUGCAGGGUGAUUUCUUAUUAUUGUCUGUUAGCCUGCAUGGUUAAAUGAAACGAUUUGUAACUUUAGAGUUUGCUAUUUUAGCAGCGAAACAUGCAUUAUGUAUUCAUAUUGUUCAUGGAUGUUCUUCCAUUUGUUUCUCAUUGUUUUUAUCCUGGUACUGUAGUUCAUGUUAGAAAUAUGGCUGCUGAAACUCAUUUGAUGUCAGUUUAUCCUAUGUUAAAACUAUUAUUUGUACAAAAUAUAUUAUUUUAAUUGAACCCUUUCAGCUUUUGCCAAUACAUCUUGUAACUUAAUAUACUAGAAGUCAAGGUUGUUAAUGUACUCCCAAGGCAGGGUGGGGAUUCUUAUACUCACAUGUGUUUUUAUUUAUAUAUCAUUUGUCUAAGUAUUAUUGGAUUUCAUCAUAAUAAGAACUUGUUUAAAGGAAAAAAACUUAACCUAAAAUUUUUUUCUUUUAUGUUGAACAUGCAGUGAUGUGAAAUUUAGAUAGAGUUAGGUAAACUAAUGGCAAAAACGAAACUCUUUUAUAGGUUUUCUAAUCUUGACUUUAAUACUCUUAAUAUGGUAUUAAACCAAAUGGUAAAAUUACAAGUCAUUUCUUUUUCAUCUCUAUUUAGGGACAGGAUUGAGCAGAUGAAGAUACUCUACUAUGCAGUAAAUCUUGAACUUUAUAAAAUAUGUACAAAAAUUGUACAAGAUAAGUUCCAGCUGGUAAUGUCUUUCCCUGGUAUAGGGUUAUGCUUGUAUUGGACCCUAGGGAUUUGCACUAAAAUCAUAUAAAAAAUCUCAGAUGAGUUUAGUGCAUAAGCACUAUCACUUUAAAUUCUAUUAUUUGCUACCACAAUAACUAUAUAUUUCCAUAGCUUUGGGUGGGGUGAAGGGGGCAUUUUUAUUACAACUUGAAAUUUCUUUGCUGGUUUUAUAUUUAUUUGUUGUAUUUAAAGACUGCAUUAUUAUAAGAAAGUGACUUUUUCAAUAUAUUUUAUUCUUGAGGGGGAUCAUGCUACAUGUUGAAAAACAAAUUAAGAAAUCAUUUAGAUCAGCCCCUAUUUUAAGUAGAGUGAUUUGCAAACCUCACAUAUUAUUUUUAUUGUCAAUUCCUGUUUAUUUAUUCUUUAGUUGUCUGUUUUUGUAGCUUAAUGAUUAUGAAAUAUGUAUUUGUGUGUGAUUAUUGCUAUUUAUUAAGUUUUAAAUACUUUGCUGAAUGUCAUUUUAAAGCAUGUUUGAGGUCUUGUGUAUUUGUCGUGUUAUGCUGUCAGGAGAAACUGACUGAAAUGUUUUAAUAUGUAUCAAAAUUAAAAUGACUUUUUUUUGUA